AUGCCAUCACCGCGCUUCCCAGCCGUUGCGCGAUCGCGAAUCGUCUGUUCCAGAGCUUAUUCACACUCGCGCGCCAGAGUACCCCUUGCCACCAUCGGCUUAUUCGCUGCCCGGGAUGCGGGGGCGAUCUCGCCCCAUCCCACCAGCAUUUUCUCCCCUCCAUAUCCACUGGGACCUGGUCACCGUCUUCCGCAUCUCCACGGUCAGGUCCGGAGAAAGCGGACGAAGACCACCGUGAACUUCGAUGAUCUCCCCCAGGGUCGCAUCCGGUCGGCUGAUCCUCUCCCGCCAGAGGAUGAUGGUCCAGCAUACCCAACAGUGGUAUUGCAGGCCCGCCGCAAUAUGCAAAAGUUUGGCAAUUGCGUCCUCCUAACCCGGGUCGGCGGCUUCUACGAGCUCUACUUCGAGCAGGCUGAGGAGUACGGGCCGCUGUUGAAUCUCAAAGUAGCCCAGAAGAAGACCAAUGCUGGGCCCGUACCAAUGUCAGGGUUUCCAUUCUUUCAACUGGAUCGUUUCCUCAAACUCCUUGUCCAGGACCUCAACCGCUAUGUAGCCAUAGCGGAGGAGUUCCCCAACGACGCGUCCGAGAAGGUCAAGUCCGGCGGUUUGAUGCAUGACCGCAGAGUCUCCCGUGUCAUCACUCCGGGUACCCUUAUCGACGAGAACUUCAUGGACCCAUAUGCGAACAAUUAUGUAAUGGCCAUUCACCUCUGUGAAGUAGAUGCCGCGAAUGGCUCGGUUACCGGACGAGAGGACCAGCAUGCUGUCUUGGACAACCUAGCCAAUGACUCCGCGCCAUUGGGCCUGGCAUGGCUGGAUCUCUCGACUGGUUGCUUCUUUACUCAAUCGACGACCUUGCUGUCUUUAACUUCCAUCCUCACCCGUAUUUCGCCUCGGGAAGUCGUCCUCGACGAAGCACUCGAGUCUCAGCGUGGGCAUGAUCUCUUCACGGUGUUGGCAGAAGAUAGACACCUCGUCACUUAUACGCCGCAAGGGAAACUGCAGGGGCUCGCUGAUUGGGCUCCGAUGCUUGAGUCCGAAAUCCCCUCCGAUACAAUGGACGCAUUUACCGAAGGCGAAGUAAAAGCUGGCGGUUUGCUCCUCAACUAUGUCAAAGAUCGGCUUCAGGGUUCGAGCUUGAAACUCCAGCCGCCGGUCCGCCACGAAAGCAGGCAGAUCAUGGCCAUUGAUAAAAAUAGCAUGCGUUCGCUAGAGAUCAAACAAACCAUCAGGGACAACACUUUCCGGGGCAGCUUACUGCAUGCUAUUAGACGGACAGUAACCAGGAGUGGUGCCAGAUUGCUCAACGAAUGGAUAAGCUCACCCUCCACCUCCCUCGAGGUCAUUGAGGCUCGACUGGAUCUUGUAUCACGGUUCAUCCAAGAUGAAGAUCUUCGAGAUGGCAUCAUAUUGCUCCUGCAGAAGAGCCAUGACUCCCAACGGCUCGUCCAGAAAUUCGCACUCAAUCGAGGGGACCCAGACGACUUGCUUCGCCUUGCGAGCACAAUCAAAGCAACGGGAGAUAUGGUUAACCUUAUUAAGAGCAGGUUGAAUACCCUGCGAGCAUCUACCAAAGGUGACUGUCUUGCAGCGUUGCUGAAGCGUAUCAACCUCGAACAGCCUAUGAAGUUAUGGCAUCGCAUUUACGACGCUAUUGAUGAGGAAGGACUCGUCCAACAACACCAAGUCGAGGACAGCGAAGCUGGGGAGAUGCUGGCACUUGCGCAAGAAGUCGUCAAUUCCGAAGGGAAAGAGGAGGACAACUCGGUCCUUCCAAAGACGGCCGCUAAGAAGAGAAAGGUCACUUCAAUCAGAGAGCACUACGGGGAGGACAACGAGGCCUGGAUUAUGAAGCCUCAGGCUAGCUCUGAAUUGCAGCGGCUUCACGCCGAGCUCGCCUCCCUUUUUGAGGAUAGAGUCGCCCUGACCGAGACAUUACGCGCUCGAUUCGAGGCCUCAUCGCUCACCCUCCGCUGGACACCUGGGCUGGGCCACAUCUGCCACGUCAAGGGCAAGGAUGCUCGCAGUAGCGGCGGCGGCGGCGGCGCCGUCACAUCGGCGAUCAAGACGCUGUCUUCUAGCCGCACAACACGCUCCUUCCACCAGCCCGAGUGGACGGCCCUGGGGGGGCGACUCGACAAGGUGCGCUUCCGGAUCCGGCAGGAAGAAAAGCGGGUCUUCAACUCGCUCCGCGAAGCCGUGGUUCUCAACCUCGUCAAGCUCCGCCGCAACGCCGCCGUCCUGGACGAGCUCGACAUCACCACGUCCUUCGCCCGCCUCGCCAUCGAGCAGGACCUCACCCGCCCCACCCUCGUCGACAGCCCACCCGCGCCCCCGUCGUCGUCGUCGACAACAACAACAACAGCGGCAGCGGCCCCCACCCCCGCGACCAUCAUCAUCGGCGGGCGCCACCCCACCGUCGAGGGCGGCCUGACGACCCAAGGCCGGACCUUCACGCCCAACGACCUCGUGAUCGGCGGCACGGGCCCGUCGCACGGGCGCGUCUGGCUGAUCACGGGCCCCAACAUGGCGGGCAAGUCGACGUUCCUGCGGCAGAACGCGCUGAUGGCGAUCCUGGCGCAGGCGGGCAGCUUCGUUCCCGCGGCGCACGCGACGGUGGGGAUCGUGGACGCCAUGUUCAGCCGCGUGGGCAGCGCUGACAACCUGUACGCCGACCAGAGCACCUUCAUGGUGGAGAUGCUCGAGACGGCCGCCAUCCUGCGCCAGGCGACCCCGCGGUCCUUCGUCGUCAUGGACGAGGUCGGCCGCGGCACCACCCCGGCCGACGGCGCCGCCGUCGCCUUCGCCGCCCUGCACCACCUCGUCCGCGUCAACCGCUGCCGUGCCCUGUUCGCGACGCACUUCCACGCCGUGGCGGACAUGGCCGCGCGCGCGGGGAUGAUGCUGGGGGACGGCGGCGGCGGCGGCGGGGACGACGCCGGGGCGGUCGAGGCGUACUGCAGCGACGUGGAGGAGGAUGCUCAGGGUCGUUUCGUCUACGUCCACAAGCUACGCAAGGGGGUCAACCGGCAGAGUCACGCGCUCAAGGUUGCCAGGCUGGCGGGGCUGCCCGAGCCGGCGAUACGGGUUGCGCAGGAGGUGCUAGAGGGAUUCGAGAGGGACUACGAGGUGGGUCGUGGCGGGGAGGGAAUUUCACGACGUAUGGUAGAGGUUGUAGGAUAAAAGGUUGUAAGGGUGGGUAUUUACGCAUUGCCUAUUCUUCAGGGGGGUAACUGUUAGCCUUGAUACCCGACAUUGUAAUUGCAUUGUAGAAUAAAAAAAAACAUGUCGAGAUUGCGUCUCAUACAGUGUUGAUGGGUUGUCAUCAUUAAAAGAUCAGGGUUAAAAAGCUCUUUGUAGUUUUUAAUCUUCGACGCAAGAAUCUCGACAUGGAAAACGGGCGGCUCUUGUAAGAUAGGAAAAAUCGACUAACCUGAGGUUCAUAAGGGGUAGAGACGCCGCUAUUGAAUGUCACCAGCAGUCUCAGCAUGUCACAAUAGUUGGGCGGAAAUGCAGAUAUCGCCAG